GAACUACAAAAAAUGGAGUAGACUCUUUCGUCUUCUUGUUCUUCGAUUCAAUCUCAUGGGAUACCUUGACGGCAUUAUCAUCGGCAAAUCGGCCGACGAUGCCGAGUGGUACCAGUUCGAUGCUCUACUACAAGGGUGGAUCUUGUCCAGCGUCUCCGACGAGGUCUCCGAUCUCGUCCUCGCCAACAGCCCCACCGCCGCGGCACUAUGGAAGGCUAUUUACAAAUUAUUUCAUGACAACAAGCAUGCCCGAGCGAUGCAAUUGGAGCAUCGUUUCCGCACAACCAUCAAAGGAACAAAGAGAAUCAAUGAAUGUUGUCAUACUCUCAAAAAUCUUGCCGACUAUCUUGACGACGUCAAUGCUCCGGUGACCGAACACGCCCUUGUCCUCCAAGUUCUUCAAGGCUUGCCGCAUGAUAUCCGGGGACAAGUUCAUUUUUUACAGUAUCAGAACCCGUUCCCGUCCUUCUUGGAGGUCAGAUCGGCCCUCCUCUUGGUCGAACAACAGUAGGCCGAUGCCCUCCCUACCGCCGGCCCAUCCACCGCUCUUCUCAGUUUCAACGGCGGCGGCGGCAGUCCCAACGCUUAACUUAGCUUAGCUUCUCCCCUAUUAUCAUGACAUCCAUAAUUUCAUGGACCAUGCUACACUUACACCAAAAAAUAUACCCCAUUUGUACACCACAGGUUUGCACAAACAUUUCGAUGGUUUACACCGACACAAGUGUUGGUGCGUUAAUAAAAAUUCACACGGACACAAAUGUUGGUGCGUUUAACAAAAAUUAGUUUUACACCAACACAAAAUAUUGGUGCAAAACUGCGGGGUACAAAUCUUGGGGUAUACAUAGCAUAAUCCAUAAUAUAAACGUCGAUGGUUG